GAUGAUAGACAAGACAAUGAAAUCCAGUUGAAGCAACAGAAUUUUAAUGAAAUUCCACUACCAGAGGAUCAAAUAUUAAACAUGAAUAACUCUUCUCUUAGGAACAUACAGCCUGAUCAAGAAAGCUCUUCCUUGGAGCAGGCAACCUGUAGUAAAUCAGGUGUACAGCAAGGCAACAAAGUGGAAACCAACGAUCAAACUCUUUUGGCAGAAGAUUUCCCAAAGGUUAAGAAGUCAUUGCCAAUUAAGAAGAAAAGUUCUAAAAAGCAGGUAAAGUCCCGGCAUUUGAAAACUCAGGAUAAAGUUGCAAAAAGUUCAUUACCCAUAACACCAAAUCAGAAAAUUCAAGCUGGCUCAAAGAAACCGAAAAAACAAGAGAAGACAAAGAACCACUUUGGAUCUAAACAAAAUAAGAAAAAAUAUUCAAAGCAAAAACUGUUAAAUAUUUCUAAAAAUAGUCCAUGUAAAGAUCAAGAAGACAUUGAUCUAGGAAAUAUGCCUGUUUUGUCAAAAAAGGAAAAUUUGAAACAGAAGCACAAAAAGGGAAGAAAAACUGAAAAGUCUUCUGGACUCACCCAGGCCCUUAAUUUUCCUUGUGACAAAAAAGUAAUGAAGGUGUCAGAACAAGCACACAGAGGGAAACCUCAAAAAAGAAAAUCUGAAAACCAGAGAGAUAUGGCAAAGGAAGGAAAGUCUACUCAGGAGUCAAAUCAAGAUGAAACCCCUGUGCCGAAGAAGAAAAAGUCAGGUAAAGUUCCUGAGGCAAAAUCUCAAAAGAAAGCAAAGAGUAAGAUCACAGUAAAUAAAGUAAAUAAGGUGAGUAAAAAAACCUACAAGUUAGCAAAACAAAGGGAGAAAGAUAAAAAUGUAUCUGAGACCCCAGUCAUCGAUCAAAUAAAGCAACAGGCCUUGCUUUUGCUAAAAGGUCAUAAACAACCACAACUGAAGGUGCACAAGCUGGAUGCUAAGACGACAGGUUUAGAUCACCAACUAAUACAUACAUGUCAAACAAAAGAAAUUUAUGACCAUGAGACGACAGUAGAGCCAGCAAAGAAAGGGACACAAAAAUCACUGCAAGCACCCAGCCAAAAGAAAAAGUCAAAAACAAUUGUAAAAAAAUCCAAAGUAGAUUCAAAGCAGUCUUCUCGUUUGCACGCAUCUCGUGUCGACAGUGACAUGCCCUCUGGGGCAAAUCAAAAAGCUGUGAGAAAGCGUAAAUCCUCUGCAAAAAUAGAUCAGGAAAUUGCAUUAAGCCCUCCUUAUUCUCGGCUCAUAAUUGGAUGCCAUGAUUGUGGGAAGAGCUUUUCGGAGGUAUCUGCUUUACAAGAGCACAUGGCAUUGUUUCACUCUGUUGUGCCCUGUGAUGUUUCUGAAAUGAGUGCAGUUAGCCUGAGGUCAAAUGAAAUAAUGCUUGCAAGUGCAGUCCACUCGAGUGACUUUGAAAUGCAUGUACCAACAGACUGGGACGUAGAUUCAGAAAUGAGAGUGAUUGGUUUAGGAGAUGAACAAAGGAAUGAGCCCAGGCUUUCUUUCCCAGCCCUCAGUCCUUCGCCUUCUUUUCUUGUGACAACAACUUUUGUUGAAGGAGAGGAUAACCACAAUGACAAUCUUAAUCAAGAACCUUCACUUGGACAUAAAAAAGCAGCUGGUGAAUCUUCUGCCAAUCAUGUUGAAUCAGAUAAAGUUAAGAGAGCUGAACAGGAGAAUGUAGACGCUCACUCACUCACAUUGUCUGAGCCACAGGAAGGAAUGGCUAUUAAAGGGGCACUGCCCUCAGAUGUGCAUUUGAUCAAUUUGGACAAAAAUGAAAAAGAUUCCCAAGUAUCUUCUCAGUUAUAUACCCCCUCUCUAAAUAUCGCGCUUAAGGUCUCUGAUUCACAGGAAGGAGAAUCAAACCACAACACAUUUGGUAACAAAAUUACCUUUAUUCAGAACGAACUGCCUUUAAAAACUGUAAAUCCAGGAUCCCCUCAUAAUGCUGGAUCUCACAUAACGGAGCAAUCUGAGAUUAAGCAAGAGGCAGACGAGAUAUCUGUUCAGACACUAGCCAGGCAAAAAAACAAUUCUAUUCCAAAAGGAAAAAGAGGACGAGGAAGCAAAGGUAGGGGAAGGAGACAAGUUGGAAAAAGAUGUUCUGCUGAAAAGAGACAUACAGAAGAGCUGGUUGCCAGUGAAGAAGACUGCCGGGUUGUCUUUGAACUUUAUUCACUUACGGGUAACAGUGAGGAAAUGAAUGAAGAAAUGCUCAAAACGAGAAAAAUCAUUAAUGCCACUGCAGCCUUGAAGGAAUCUUCAGAAGCUCAGGAAGUGUCUGUGUUACCACAACCUGGUACUACAAGUGCUUUGGAGAUGAUGAAACCAGAAAGUGGUUCUCUAACUCAGAAGUCUGGAGAACAUGAGAAAAACAGGCGUUCCUCCAGUAGCCUAAAGAAGGGACGACUCUCCGUACACUGCCAGAGUGGAACUCGAGAGCAGUCAGAUAAUGGAUUAACUUCUGGUGGCACCUCUACUGAUGUGAAAACAGAAGUCAGUCCAUCUAUUCUCACACCCCAGGAUGUUCAGGUCAACGAUGGAGAUUUUUUGCAAGGAGUCGAAAUGAUUUUGGUAAAAGCAGAAGAUCAGCAAAUUUCAAAUGAUCCUCUGAUUUCACAGGAAGCUCAAGAUAUGCAAACUGAUCAUACUGCAUGUCCAGAAACAGAUCAUUCUGCAGUUGGAGUUUCUUCUGGUUCCCCAACAGUGGCUCAGUCUACUGCCAAGCAGUGUAUUUUCUACCCUGUAAAGGAAGAGGAGGGGGAGAUGAUGGUGGAGCCUCAAGCUACUAAUCAAGGCACCUCAGGUUCAGAAGUGAUGGAAGAGAGGACUCGACCAUGGGCUGUAUCUGGUUUAGAGGAGUGUGACAUGAGGAUAGGAUGCUCACAAAUGGAAAUGCACCAUAAUUUAUACACCAGCCCUGAAGAUGGCAAUGUUGGUGCAGAGCAGCAGAGCGCUGAAGAUGUUCUACAGUUCCUUUCCCGCCCAUCGGAUACGGAGAACUGCGAGAGCGUCCACUCCGAGCCAGAAACUGAAACUCAUCUCAUGUCUUGUUACCAUGAUAUCUGUGCUAAUGGAGCGGUGCGACAGUGUGAAUCGACCGACAGUGAGCAGCAUGCAAAAACAUCUAAUAGAAUUUUAGGCUGUCCUGAAGCAGAUGACCAACCGACAGGCAAUGAAGAGCAUUGUGAGCCUAUCGACUACUUCAUUCAGUAUUUUGGUUGGAAUACAUGGAAAGAUAUUGCAGCUUGUACAGGGCAAGCGUCAAAAUUGACAAAGCCUGUUACUGAAAAGGAGGUGGCCCAGUUUGUAGGAAUCCACAUUGCAAUGGGAACCUUAAAGUUUCCAAGUAUGAAGCUGUACUGGGAGGAGUUUACCAGAGUGCCACUGAUUGCUGAUGCCAUGCCUGCAGACAUGUUUUCUGAAAUUGCAUCUAAUCUAAGAUUUGCCAGUCUUGGAGGGGAAAGAUUAAACUGCAGCGGACAGGAUACACAUAAAGAUCAAGAUGCACAGAAUUGCACAGACGUUUUGAUAUUUAAGAAAGAUCCCCUAUGGAAGGUUGAGGCAAUAGUAAACAGAGUUCGAGAAGGGUGUCAAGCACUUAAACGAAACGGAAACUAUGGAGUUGACCAGUAUCUCCUUCCCUUUCAGAGACACCCAACACACUCAUUACAUCACACAGUCAUGAUAAAUUCUGCUGGAUUGGUCAUGGAUUUUAACUUGCGAGUCAGUGACUAUAACAGAGAGGAGAUUGUUAAGAAAAUGGUUUCUCGAGAAAAAACUGAUAAUCACGGAAUGGUAUUUCUUUGCAAGCCUGAGCUAUCAACGCCCUCCAUGUUGGAGCAUCUUCUAGAGGCAGGAGUGCGCAGUGCUGGAAAAGUUGGUGGUGCUAGGGGGCAAAUAGGUGAUGAGUUUGUCACGUCUGAUGGUAAACUGAAACUGUUCAGGUGCCAUCAUGGCUUUAUUCUGUCAGCAGUAACAAAGGAAAAGUCACGCUCAACAUCGCUUGUCAGUGGUUUUGAGAGAGCCAUCAAAGCUGCAAAUCUGAACAGAGAUUUGAGAAGCCUUUAUCGCACACCCUGCACAAGCCCAUCACCCAGUGCCUGGCCACAGUCUGUUCUUUGGGACCUUAUUGAUCUGGCAUUAGUUAAUUCUUGGCUACAGUACAAGCAAAAUCAAAACCAUCCUUCAGAGCCACUGUCACUUAUGGCUUUCCGACUGGAAGUUUCUAAAGCUUUAAUUCAUUCCAGCCAUAUUGCUGUACAAGACUCCUCGCCUCCAUAUCUCCCAAUACCAGCACAGCUUGGAUCAAAUGCCUCCACAGGACAUUCGGAUGUCUUUGAGACCCCUUUACCUGAUGCAGUCACACGAUAUGAUGGUUUGGGUCACUGGCCAGAACAACUUUCCGAGGGUGAAGAGGCCAGGUGUAGAUUUGGAGGUUGUGAGCAAAUGUCUAGAGUACGUUGUCUUAAAUGCUGUGUUUUCCUCUGUAUAUCUCGCAAUCACAACUGCUUCCUGAAGUUUCACAAUCAAGGAACUACAUAAAUCUGCUAAACUGCUUUGAUCAUUAGCCAUAUUAAACCAAUAUUUUUAUUGUUUUGAUUUUUUUAACCUUCUUGAUUUGUUUCUUGGUGUAGGGCAGAAUCAUGUUUUAAUCUGCACUCAUUUUAUUAAAAGAACAAACACCAAUAAAUGAAGGAAAAAUCUUAUUUGCUUAACUUGCUUGCAAAAGUAAGAUAAUAACCACAACUGUAAUACUCAAUUAUAGAACCCAGUUGAAUAUAACUAUACUUUUCACUUGUUGGAAUCACAUGUUGAGUGCCUAAUACAUUUGAAGCCUUAUACAUUGUUCCACAAGUUGUUUGGUAGGAAUAGUACAGGGUAGCAAGUUAUACACAUUGGUUUGCCACGCCCAGGUGGGCCACUUGUGCGUUUUUAUACUUUUUUAAGUAAUCUCUGAGACACUACAUCAGAGUGUGUAGCCACCAGUUAAAAUUUUUAAACUCCAAUCAAAAAAGCAGUUUUGCUUGGUUUAUAUGUAUUGAGACCCAAAGUAUAUAACAACUAAAUAGUUUUAGCUCUCGUGUUCAUUUUUCCUUUAUUUUCAGAGACCCUUUUUUUUAACCCUUAUUUAACAUAUGGAUUAUGUAAACAUAUGCAUUUACCAGGGGCUAGUCCAUGUAUACUGUAAUUUAUUGUUACCACAUGUAUCUAAGACUCUUCCAUUUUUUUAAUGGAUUUGAUUACAUUUUUUUUUCUGUCUUCAGCAUACUAUUUUAGCUAAUGUGUGUGUUAGUGUGUGUUGGGCAGGGGACCUCCAGUUGAUCAAAUAUUCUUGCUAAGGAGAUUUUUAGACAGGUGUUUUUACAACACCUUCAGGGGUAUAACAGACAUGUCUUCUUCAAAAUAAAAUCUAGCCCAGAGCUGUGUGGGUUUUGUUUGUUUGUUUAAGAUAUCUAUUUUUUUAGGUUUUGCUUUUUUAGUCAAACCAUUGAAUUGUCAUAUUAUUUAUUUAUUUUGGUUUGAAAACAACCAAUGUUAGAAUUUUGUUUACAUGAUAAAUCAAUUAGACAAUUGUUUAAAAGUUAAAGUUUUAACCAUAUUUGCACUGUGUAGGUAUUUAGCGUCAGUUCAGAAUGUAUCCACAGGUCCACAAUUUGUACAAAAAAUAUUAGUUGGACAUUAUAAACUGUGAAAAGAAUAAUUUUUUUAAUAUAUGGUAGAUGUCAGUAAAGCAUGCAUCGUGUCAAUUUUGUUUUACUUUUGAACUGUUAAAAUGUCUUUUGUUUUGUCCGAUAUUAUUUUUGUAAUGAAUUCAUUGCUAAGUAAAGAAUGUGUUCCAUGGUGUGUUUUAUUGUUUAUACUAUUAUUUAAAUGUGUUUGUAUGUACAGUACAUAAAAGAAGCUUGGUGUGUUUGUAAAACUGUGACCUUGCAGAUCUAUAAUUUUUGUAUAUUUUAUGCCUCAGUUGUCCUCUUUCUAUGAAAUCAAUUAGAAUUUUUAUUUACAGUGUAUUUAAAAAUAAACACGUUUACACACUAACUCGAUAAUGAAACUAAAAUGUUUUGUAGAAGAGUCAAGAGACCCAAGGUAAAGUAAACAGUGUUAAUGAUCAUAUAUAAUUAACCAAAUGUUUGCUUCAAGAAUUUGAUUAAUUAUACAAAUGAACUUUAUAUCCUAAUGCAUGUCCGCCAAUUCUACGAGUAAAUCUUGUGA